GCUGAUCCCUGCUCUGACAACUGCCGGUUCUCGGCAGUAAUUUCCUCACACUCUGACAGCGAGAGGAAAGUGCAGCCGAGAACCGGCAAUUGCAUUUCCCUGUGAUCAGCAUGUCACUGGGCACUGAUGAUCAGUGUGCCCUGAUGAUCUGUGUAGCCCCAGCAGUGCCACCUGUCAGUGUCCAUCAGUGCACAUCAAUGCCACAUAUCAGUGCCCAUCUGAGCUGCCUUUAAGUGUCACCCAUUAGUGCCAGUCAGUGCCACCUAUCAAUGCCAGUCAGUGCCACCUAUCAGUGCUGCCUAUCAGUGCCAUAUAUGAGUGCUGCCUUUCAGUGCCCAUCAGUGAUGCCUGUCAAUGCCCAUCAGUGCCACCUACCAGUGCCACCUCAUCAGUGCAGCCUAUCAGUGCCCAUCACUGCAGCCUCAUUAGCACACAUCAGUGAGGGAAAAAAAUCACUUAUUUACAAAAUUUUAUAA